GGAUCAUCCUCAUAAAAUUCCCCCUUUUGCAUUCGCUUUACAGGGGUUGCGCUGUUACACGAGCUAAACCUCUAGGAGUACUAAUUUUCUCUCUCUUGAUCUCUCUUCGUCCUUCUCUCACUUCAACAAUUGGAAUUCGAAGAUCUCUGCAGCUAAUUCGUGCUUCAAUUUGAUCUCACUCGAAUCUCUACCGCUACUUCAAUCACUGAUUCGGUUCCUCUUUCGGAGAGUUCUCAUAUUCAUCGCUGAAAAUGCCUCUGAGAUUGGAGAUUAAGAGGAAACUUGCUCAAAGAUCAGAAAGGGUAAAGUGUGUGGAUCUACAUCCUACGGAGCCAUGGAUAUUGACGAGUUUGUAUUCGGGGGCUGUUUGCAUCUGGAACUACCAGACCCAGACAAUGGUUAAAUCUUUCGAGGCGACUGAAUUACCAGUUAGGUCAGCGAAGUUUAUAGCACGCAAGCAAUGGGUUGUUGCCGGUGCUGAUGAUAUGUACAUUCGGGUAUACAAUUACAAUACCAUGGACAAGGUCAAAGUAUUCGAAGCGCACACUGAUUAUAUUAGGUGUGUGGCUGUCCAUCCUUCUCUACCAUAUGUGCUGUCAUCUUCUGAUGACAUGCUUAUAAAGCUAUGGGACUGGGAGAAAGGUUGGCUAUGCACUCAAAUUUUUGAGGGUCAUUCCCAUUAUGUGAUGCAAGUCACAUUUAAUCCCAAAGACACCAAUACAUUUGCCAGUGCAUCUCUUGAUCGAACUAUAAAGAUUUGGAACCUCGGCUCCCCUGACCCAAACUUCACAUUGGAUGCGCAUCUAAAAGGAGUCAAUUGUGUAGACUAUUUCACUGGUGGUGACAAACCUUAUUUGAUCAGUGGUUCUGAUGACCACACUGCUAAGGUCUGGGACUAUCAGACUAAAAGUUGUGUCCAGACUCUUGAAGGCCAUACACACAAUGUCUCCGCCGUAUGUUUUCAUCCUGAGCUUCCUAUUAUAAUUACGGGGUCUGAAGAUGGUACAGUUCGUAUAUGGCAUGCAACCACUUAUAGACUUGAGAACACUUUGAAUUAUGGUCUUGAAAGAGUUUGGGCAGUUGGUUGCAUGAGAAGUUCAAGAAGGGUUGUAAUAGGUUAUGAUGAGGGCACUAUCAUGGUAAAAAUUGGCCGAGAAGAACCCGUUGCCAGCAUGGAUAACAGUGGAAAAAUUAUAUGGGCUAAGCACAAUGAAGUUCAAACUGUCAACAUCAAGAGUGUUGGGGCGGAUUAUGAGGUUACUGAUGGAGAAAGGCUGCCUUUGGCUGUCAAGGAAUUGGGAACUUGUGACCUCUAUCCACAAAGCUUGAAGCAUAAUCCAAAUGGAAGGUUUGUUGUUGUUUGUGGAGAUGGAGAGUAUAUCAUAUAUACUGCUCUAGCAUGGAGAAAUAGGUCAUUUGGUUCAGCUCUGGAAUUUGUUUGGUCUUCUGAUGGAGAAUAUGCUGUGAGAGAAAGUACGUCAAGGAUUAAGAUCUUCAGCAAAAAUUUUCAGGAGAAGAAGAGUAUCCGCCCUACUUUCUCAGCUGAGCGCAUCUAUGGAGGUACUCUAUUGGCAAUGUGCUCAAAUGAGUUUAUUUGUUUCUAUGAUUGGGCUGACUGCAGGUUGAUACGGCGAAUUGAUGUUAGUGUGAAGAAUCUCUACUGGGCGGACAGUGGCGAUCUGGUAGCAAUUGCAAGUGAUACAUCCUUCUACAUACUCAAGUAUAAUCGUGAUGUGGUUUCUGCCCAUUUAGAUAGUGGAAGAUCAGUAGAUGAGCAAGGCGUAGAAGAAGCUUUUGAACUUCUUUAUGAGAUAAAUGAACGGGUCAGGACCGGAAUUUGGGUUGGUGAUUGCUUCAUUUACAAUAAUUCUUCCUGGAGACUUAACUACUGUGUUGGUGGUGAGGUAACCACAAUGUUUCAUUUAGACCGGCCUAUGUACCUGCUCGGAUAUCUAGCGAACCAGAGUAGGGUUUUUCUGAUUGACAAAGAGUUCAAUGUCAUUGGAUAUACUCUACUGCUCGGCCUGAUUGAGUACAAGACACUUGUGAUGCGUGGUGACUGGGACAGAGCAAAUGAGGUGCUGCCAUCGAUUCCUAAGGAGCACCAUAAUAGUGUUGCACAUUUCUUGGAGUCGCGAGGUAUGGUAGAGGAAGCAUUAGAAGUUGCAACAGAGCCUGACUACAGAUUUGAUCUAGCCAUACAGCUGGGAAAAUUAGAUAUUGCAAAGGAUAUUGCAGUGGUAGCUCAAAGUGAGUCCAAAUGGAAGCAGUUGGGUGAACUAGCCAUGUCUGCCGGAAUGCUGGAGAUGGCAGAGGAAUGUCUGAAGUAUGCCAACGACUUGAGUGGUCUGUUGCUACUCUAUUCUUCACUAGGAGAUGCUGAAGGAAUAACUGAACUAGCAACUCUUGCCAAAGAGCAGGGGAAAAACAAUGUCACAUUCCUUUGCAUGUUCCUUUUGGGUAAAGUGGAGGAAUGCAUUCAGCUAUUGGUUGAUAGCAAUCGGGUACCUGAGGCUGCUUUUAUGGCUAGAUCUUAUCUGCCAAGUAAGGUUUCUGAAAUAGUUGCAAUUUGGAAGAAGGACCUCAGUAAGGUUAACCAGAAAGCAGCAGAAGCUUUGGCUGAUCCUGAAGAAUAUCCUAAUAUGUUUGAGCACUGGCAAGUUGCAUGUGCUGUUGAAUCUAAAGUUGCAGAAGAAAGGGGUGGCUACCCACCAGCAACAGAAUAUGUUAAUCAUGCUGAUAGAUCAACUAACAACCUUGUAGAAGCUUUCAGCCACAUGAAAAUGGAUGAAGAAUCACUUGAAAAUGGAGAUAUAGACCACGAGGUAUGA